AAUAUCACAAAACAAAAGAAAGAGGUUGAAGGAAGGAGUAGGAGAAAGAAAAGGCCAUGGCUUCCGACGAUUGAUUCAUUGCUUAUAGCUUUGAGAGACGCCAAAGGAGGAAUCUUUUGCAGUCAGAUAGAUGCCUGUGUCGGUAACGCUACCCACUACUCAGCACCGCUUCUGCGCUUCACUCUUUGCCAUCGCCAAGGCCAACAAAACCACCAUGGCCAGCACCAGCAAUUCCGGUGGGGCCUUCACCACAAUUCAAGAGAGGGUCACUUUCGAGAAAGAGAUCAAGAAAAGCAAGUUCAUUGCCAUUGCUGGCCCCAUCGCCAAUGAAAAAUCCGCCAUGUCUUUCCUUUCUCAGGUCCGGGAUCCACGUGCCACUCACAAUUGCUGGGCUUACAAGGUGGGAGAUCAAUACCGGUCCAAUGAUGACGGUGAGCCAUCAGGAACAGCUGGGAAACCAAUACAAACUGCUAUUGAUUCUUCAGGAAUAGACAGAGUAAUGGUGGUGGUGAUCAGGCAUUUUGGGGGUAUCAAAUUAGGAACUGGGGGAUUGGUCAGGGCUUAUGGAGGAGUUGCAUCAGAAUGCUUGAGGAAUGCCCCAACUUGCCUUGUUAAAACAAAGGUGCCAAUGGGUGUAGAGGUUCCCUUUGACCUACUUGGAGUUCUCUACCAUCAGGUGCAAUCUUUUCAUGUGGAAGACAUCAAGCAGGAUUAUGAUACCGGUAAAGAUGGCAUAUCUAUGGUUACUUUUAAAGUUGAUUUUGACCAAGCUGAGAAAUUGGAGGAUGCACUGAAAGCCAAUUGUAGCAGAGAAUUGAAGUUUUAUAAGCGGUGAAACAUGAUUACAUGGGAUCAGUCUUAGGAUUUUGAUUAUAUUUUUCUUAUAUAUGGAAGAUACUUCUUCACCUGAAGAUUGGAUGUAUGGGACAUCUCCAGGGCCUUGACUAAUUUGAAAAUGGAGAAACUUGUUUAUAUAAUAGUUUAAAAACUAAAAGACAUUUGUUUGUGAUGUACUCAUAAUGUUACAUAAUUUGUAAA